UUUAUUAAGUUUAAACAUUACUUUAAAGAUUUAGUUAUUUGAUAGUCCGGAGAGGCGGUGCAUCUCAUUUUGACAGCAGAGUGAAUUGGAAUCGCCUUAUCCGGGCUUCCCCGUAAAGCAAAACAAGCCUUACUGCUACUGACACCGAGUGGGCCAACGCUCCCCAGAAUGAACAACGUGUUUCAGGAAGAAGUUGGCGCCUGAAGCCCCGUAUGCGGUUAGCUAGCACGCUAACCGAAAGUAUAAAAGAUAGUCCAGUGAAAUGAUUUUUAUUUCUAUCGUUAUUAAAGAAUUCCAAAAUGAACGACGCGGAAUUCAGUGUCCCUCUGUCCUCGCUGGCACUCCUGGUCCCACCACUUCGGCUGAUGUCAGCAGUGAUGUGGGAAGUGGUACGCCAGCGGAACAUAAAGCACUAUGGGAAACUGGAGGAGUUUGUGUCUAUGGUAACAGAUGCAGUUCCUGAGCUGAUGAGUAAAAGAGAAGGGAGACUGCUCUCACUGGGCCUGAGAGCAAGGACAACUCUUGAGCUGUUGCGCUCUGAACACCCUGAAGAUCUCAAGGCCGUUGAGAGCCACCUCAACCGAAUACGAUCUUCUUGCAUUGAGGAGACCAAUGAUCCUGUCAUUGAGGCACCAGAGGCAAACUUUAUGAAGCUGGUGCAAGGCCUCAUUGAAGACACUGAUGGUAGAGAACAUUUCCUCAAGAAUGUGUUUCCAGUGGAGUAUGGCCCUGACUUUGACACAGCACUGGAAACUCUGGUUUGUGAAUUCUUCACCAGACUGGAGGAGCUUCUGCCAAUACCAGAUUUCAAACAGACUGCAUCCUGGAUCAGUGCUGCCCCCUCUGUCCUAGAGGAGUACAUGCAGUGUGUCUCAAAUGGAGAGGACCUCAAAUUUCUUCUCCAAAGCAAACAGUGCCACGGGAAAUUGGCUAAGAGUAGUGUUGCUCCGUUUCAGUCAGAUGAUCUUCUCAUUCCCUCUCUGUCUCUUCCUCCAUCGCUGGAAGUGGCCAUCGCUUCCCACCCGAGUGCUUGUGACGACGAAAAUAACGACGUUCCUCAGAUUGUCAUGUUCGAUGAAGAACUGUCUACAAACCCUUCCACCUCAACUGACUUUCCUGAAUCUCCAAAAAGGACAGAUAUCUCAUCAUCUCCUCGCAGGAGACCGCAGUCAGGGAUGCAUAAAUGCCCCGAGUGUGACAAAUGCUUCAAGCAUCACUCUGUCCUCAUCGAACAUCAGCGAGUCCACAGUGGGCUACAGCCUUACAACUGCUCCGAGUGUGGGAGGGCUUUCAGGACAGCCACUCUGCUGGCCGGCCACAGGCUACGGAAAUGCAAAAAUGCUGCAUAUCUGUGCAUCAAAUGCGGGAACAGUUUUCCAACCUCACUAGAAAAAUUCAGACACCACUGCCCAAAACGGGGCCGUAACUACGACUGUGCGUACUGCGGAAAGAGUUUUCAAAAGUCUAACAGCUUAAAAGAACACCUGCUAACUCAUGUCCAAAGUCGCCUCUUCAAGUGCAGCCAUUGUGGGGUAGGUUUUUCAGGAAUUGGUGACUUAAAGUAUCAUCAGCAGGUAGAUCAUGACAAACCUUAUCAGUGUAAGCAGUGUGGAAAGAGCUUUAUCUCCUCCAAGUGUCUGACCAAACAUCAACAACGACAUGAAGAGGUUGGUGAGAUGGAGCCCGCCAAAUUAAUGAGUGGAGGUAAACAUAGGAAGAGUGGCUCCGCUUAUCGGACUUCCUCGGCAUCUAUGUCCUCCAGGAAAACAUCUGUCAAAGCGGUCUACCCACGAGGACGAGUCACGCAUAAUUGUCCACUGUGUGGAAGGAGCUUCAAGUAUCGUUUUGAAUUCCUUGAGCACCAGAGGUUCCACACUGCGGUGAAGCCUUACAAAUGCUCUCAGUGUGGUAAAGCCUUCCGCACAGAAGCUCACCUCUCCAGGCACAGGAAGAGAAAGUGUAAAAAUGCUUCCCACAUUUGCACCAAGUGUGGGUGUCAGUUCAGGUCUCUGCACGAGCGGGUCAGGCAUCAGUGUGUCCAGCUGCUGACAAAAUACGAGUGUUCUCAUUGUGGAAAGACCUUCAAGAUGGCCCACCUGCUGAGGAACCAUCAGCUGAGUGAACACCAGCUUCCCUACAGCCCCAACCAUCGCUUCAGGUGCAGAUACUGUGAUGAGACUUUCCCGGGCAUCAGCGAGCUUAAGUACCAUCAGGGAGUUGACCACGAGAAACCCUAUCAGUGUCAAGAGUGUGGCAAGUGCUUCCUGUCCGAGAAAUGCCUGGCCAACCACGAGCUGCGCCACAGCGACGACCGACCAGAGAGCUGUCUCGUGUGCGGCCGCGGCUUCAGAAACCGCUACGACUUGAAGCAGCACAUGCGCACUCACACAGGAGAGCGACCUUACCAGUGCACUCACUGUUCCCAGUGUUUCUCCACAGCAGGAGGACUGAGGAGCCACACCAGGGUUCACACCGGCGAGAAGCCGCACGUUUGCCCAGAUUGUGGUAAGGCUUUCUCCCAGAUGGGUGCAAUGCGCACCCACAGGCUCACCCACACAGGAGAAAGGCCAUUCAAGUGCACCGUGUGUGGCAAAGGUUUCACAAUGGCACACAAGGUGACGGUUCACAUGCGUGUGCACACAGGAGAGCGGCCGUAUGUGUGCUCGCAGUGUGGGAAAGCCUUCUCAGAUGGCAGUGUGCUGAAGCAGCACAUGCUGAACCACUCAGGGGUGAGACCAUACCACUGCCAGAUCUGUCCCAAGACCUACACCUGUCUGAACCACCUGAGGAGGCACCUGAAAAGCCACUCAAACAUGAACUGAGUCCGUCUUGAAAGCAAACGAGCAGAACAUUUUACACACAUACUGACACACUGCAUUUGAAGGUAACGCUACUACAGUUGCGAUGGACUAACUACACCAAGCAAUACAUGAAGGAAUAUAGAAUGAUGCUGUACAGUUAUUGUUGAAAUUGAGGUGAAAAGUUUCCUCUUUACUGUGAAGUAAAUGUAGUCGCAAUUAGCCAAUUGUCAAGGACUGUGUGAACAUUUAAAGGAAUAGUUUGACAUUUUGGGAAAUGCACUUAUUCGCUUUGUUGCCGAUCAUUCGAUGAGAAGAUUGAUACAGUCUUAACGUUUCUGUCCAUUAUUAAGCUGGAACCAGGAGACUCUUAGCUUAGUUUAGCACAAAGACUAAAGGGAGGGGGGAAACGGGUAGCCUGGCUCUGUUAAAAGGUAUGUGAAAUGUGCCUGUCAAAGAAAAAGUCCUGGCACUUAUUAAACCAAUUAGUUGUACUGAUUAAAAAAAAAAAAAAAGAUAUAACAUGCUAAUUAUUGGGCUUUGUUAGCUGUAGUAUCAUGUUGAAUGGAAAGAUAUGAGAGUAAUAUCAAUCUUCUCAUCUAACUCAGCAAGGAUGUAAAUAUUUACAAAAUGCCAAACCCUUUCUUUAACAUCUGCACAAGCUCGUUCUUUCCCCUCAUUCCUUACAAGGCUUUUCCUUGAGCUUUUUUAUUCUUGCAUCAGUUUCUUAUGCAUGAAUAUGUUUGGAUGCUAUUCUGGAUAUUAUUUGGGUGAGAUACUGUAUGUUCAGAAGCUGUAAUAUUGGUGAAAUUUUUUGGAAAGGCCUCAAUAGUAAUAGAAAUGAAAAUGUUGGCUCUCUGUAAAUAUGCUGAAAGACAAAUAUUUUGAGAGUGCAAAAGUUAAAAUGAUGAUGCCAUUAUUUCAACAUGACAUAACUUUAUUCCUGUAGGCCUUUUAUAUCCCUCACAAUGGUUUGCAAAGUUUGUGAAUUUCAAAUUAAAUUACGUUGGUUAUACCUUU